CAAAUGAAUAAGACAACUUUUUACGCAUCAAUUUUGGCGUCUUCUGCCGGAGCGGCUUCUUUGGGUUUUAUUUCUGGUAACUAUUGUUCAUCAAAUGAAUCAAAAAACGACUUUUGGAGGAGAUGGAGAGUGUUCGCUGAUAGUGCUGGAACGGCUGUUGCUUUACCUCCACAAGUUACACCUCUGCCUUCGGGCCCAUUUGAAAUGAAGCAACCACAAAAGAGUAAUAUGGUUAAUGAAUUUCGGAAAGGGCCAUCACGUGCAGCAGAGAUUAUGCGGUUUGGAUAUCCAGGAUUUGAUAAUCUGAGAACAUAUGAGGAUUUUAUUGUCAGCUAUGAUCGAAGGAAUAGAGUAGCUCAUUGGGUUAUUGAACAUCUUACAAAGGAUGUUAUCGCUUACAAUCCAGAUGUUGACAGAAGUAAAUGUAUUUUCAAACCAGAUACUUCUAUUCAUCCAUAUUUCCAAUCACAAAAUGAAGAUUAUAAAAGGAGUGGUUAUGAUCGUGGACAUUUGGCAGCCGCAGCAAAUCAUCGUAGUAAACAAUUAACAAUGGAACAAACUUUCUUUUUAACAAAUAUGACACCACAAGUUGGUAAAGGAUUUAAUAGAGAUAAAUGGAAUGAUUUGGAAAAACAUGUUAGACAAAUUGCUCGUGAUAGCCUGAAUGUUUAUGUUUGCUCAGGUCCUCUUUAUUUACCUUAUCAAGAAGAUGGGCAUUUUUAUAUAAAAUAUAAGGUGAUUGGCGCUAAUCGUGUUGCUGUGCCCACUCAUUUCUUCAAAGUUGUUUUAAUCGAAAAAAUAAAAGAUCAAUUUGAAUUGGAGGUUUAUUUAAUGCCAAAUGCACCCAUACCCAAUGAAAAACCUUUGAGUGAAUUUUUCUCUCCUCUUGAUGCAAUUGAACGUGCUGCCGGUUUUUUAAUUUUUGAUAAAUUACCUAAAGAACAAUUGAAAAAAUUAAAUGGAGAAAAAUUGUCUGAAGAAAAAGGAAUCUUCGGAUGUUUGGAUAAUUUUGUGAAACUUUUUUAA